AUGAGUUCAGGAGAAGAGGUAGAUGAAGAAUUCCCAAUUCUUGUAGAAGGUAUAGAUUUCAAAGAUCAAAAUUCAUUGAUAAACUUCAAUAGAAUCUAUAAUCUUUAUUACGAUUGCUUGGAGAGUAGAAAUGGUAGUUUAAGAUCACAAUGUGUAAGGUUCUUUGUUGAAUAUCAUAGAUAUAAAUUUAUACAUUAUUUCGAUGUUCAAGGUUAUAUCAAGUUCAUUGUCGAUGUCUUCUUUGAUCCUGAAUUAGAUGUGGUAGAGAAUAUGUCACGUUUUUACUGUGGAGAUCAUAUACCAAUGUUACAAGAUAUAUACAAUCGAAUAAUCAAUGAUAAAAGAAAACUAAAAAGUGAUCAAUUAAAGAAAAGAAUUAAAAUCUAUAAAGGAUGUUGUGCUUUCGAUCAUGAAGAUUUCGUUGACUAUGAUGCUAAGGAUUUCUACAACAAAGUACUGUUAAAGAACAACAAAGAAGUUGCAACGCAAACCAAUCCAAUUGGAUCGGAUAAUAUUAAAAAGGAGAUUGUAGAUAGCAGUGGUUUGGAUUUCGUUUGUUCCAUUGCCAACAUACAAUCCGCUUGCAUUCUACCAGAUGUCAUAUUGGAAAGAAUUGUUUCAUAUUCAUUGAAAGCCGAUGAAAGUGAUGAAGUUAUAAAGCAUUACAAUGAAAAGAGUGUUUAUGGUGUUGAAUAUCAUAUCGAUAGCAAGUCAGUUUUAAAUUAUGCAUUGGUUUCCAAACAGUUCUUCAAAGUGGUAUCAAAGAAGAUUACAAAUAGUUAUUACAAUUUGAAUGGUUUUUUUAAUUUGGAGAGUGAUUAUUCACUUAUCAAAUCACCACCAUUGUUCUUUGAUUAUGAAUCGAUCAAGUCGAUUGGAUAUGGUUGGAAUACCGAUCGUAUCACUCAGUUAUUCUCAAGAGUGGAAACGUUUCAUAUCAAAUCCGAUGAGUAUGAUAGUAGAAUUUGCAAUAGUGACGAUAUUAAAAGGUUGUAUCUGUUGGAGGAGUGCUUAGAUGAUGUAGAUAUAGAUUUCUAUCAAGAUGCCAUUCAAAUGAUGGAAUACUUCGUAUACAUUCCAGCAAUGCCGAAUCUAAAGAGAAUCAAUGUAACAGGAUACUAUGGAUACGAUUUCAACUAUAGUGAAUUUCUAAAAUCGAUAAUUACAAACACACCAAAUGGCAAUGGUCAUGGUAUUGAACAAUUCAAAAUCGAUAUCAACAAAGAUUGGGACAAUUGUCCUGACUACAGUUAUAUAGAUUUCUUGGAACCACUUAUAGAAAUACACUCAAACACUUUGAAAUCAAUCGAAAUCAACUAUCAUGAUUGCCAUCGUAGAGAUAUGGAUGGAUUACUUCAUAUAUUGAAGAAAUUGGUUACAACAAUGAAACAACACAGUUACUCAUUCAUUUUGCGUACAAACUAUAAAACGUUAAAAGAAGCUUACCAAGAUGAUAGAGAUGAGGAUGUAUAUCAAUAUUUACUCAAUCAAAUACAUAGUAAUAGUAUUAUACUUGAUGAUUACAGUGAUAGUAAUGAAGAAGAUGAAGAAGAUAUUGAGGAGGAAAGAAAAGAAACGAAAAGAUAA